GAGACCUGACAAGAAGUGGAACAGGUUUGGACUAAUCUCAGCGCAAUGAAGCGGCCCGGCCCCUGCUGACAGACACUGACAGUCCUCGAGUGUUUAUGCUUUAUCUUUUUUUAUUUUAUUUUUAACGCCAUCUGUGGAGUUUUUACAUUUUAAAAUCAGAAACGAGAGAGAACUAGAGAGUGAGAGCAGGUAUGGCGCAACAGGCCGCAGCGUGACUGAUAAUAAGACUCCCAGUAUGAAGAAAGGUGUUGUAUGAGUUGGGACGAGCGGAGGACGAGGAAGUGAAGUUUGACUUACGGAGUAAUGGGCGAGUUUUGCUGUUCUAAGCUGAAGAGUAAAACAUCUUUCAGUAAUUUCUCUGGCUUUUGUGCGCAAAUCUGCCCUAAGCGGGAGACGCCGGUGGCGCUUUUGCGCGCAGGACUCCUGCUGAGCUUCCUCUGUCUGUGCGUCUGUUUGGACGACGAGUGCGUUCUGGGGAUAGUGGGACGCCCAGUGGCUCUGCCCUGCUUUAGCCACGAGUUACUCAACGCUGUGAAUGUUUCCAUUGAGUGGAGGAGAGGCGAUGAGGUGGUUCUCGCGUCGGUGUGGAACCAGGAUGGAAGCUUGGAGACAUGGAGCGUUAACAGCACCGCAGUCCCAGCCGAUGCUCCGCUGACUGGAAAUCUGUCUUUGAAGCUGCCAGAGGUUCGUCCCGUUGAAGACAAAAUAUUUUACAGCCUGUUCAUCGUUUCAGGGGAGAAUCAGAGCACCAGGCUGUGCACCGCAUGCCUCAGGACAGCAGCCAGUUUCAGCUCCCCACAGCUGCAGAGGGAAGAAGCAGUGCAGGGCGAUGAGAAAGUCUUCCUGUGUCACGCCACUGGAGGUUAUCCCGUACCUGCAGUCUACUGGCUCAUCAACAACACCAAGGAGCCCCCAGCAGGGUCGGUGAGGACCCAGAUGGCGUCACUCCCAGACCAUCUCUACAACGUCACCAGCCUCCUGACUGUCAAUAUUUCUGAUGACUUCAUCGUGUCCUGCAUCAUUGAUAACUACUCUAUGAACCAGACCAUGAUAUCAAGCUAUUCCUCAGAUGGAGUGGAGGGCAGCCCUGUGGUGAAUCGAGCAUCGUCGGCCAUGUGGGUGUUCGGCACGGCUCUGUGCGUGGUGGUCGGGGUCAUGGUGAUAGGUGGAGUGUUAUAUCAGCUCCACCUGGACAGGAUGAGUAAGACGGAGAAAGAACACAAACAACCAGAGAGAAGUAAGCAGAUCGCAGUGUGUUUGUUGUUUUAUGAGCACCCUUUGCCUUUACAGGGAUCAUGGAGAAGUUAUGGAGACUUGUUUCUGCCACUGAAAAACUAAUUUGACAUCCCAGAAGUCUCAGAUUAUCAAAAUUAACUCAAACUUCUAAGUUGAAACUUUGAGGUAAUAACUGGAAAUUCUGACUUAUGGAUGGUAAAAAAAAUGUUUUUAUCAUUGGUGGAAACGAGCCUCUAUAAGAAGCUGUGUCAGCUGCUUCAGUCUUUUCAUGUAAUCCCAAUCUGGCACAAUUAUCCAUUUCUGUACGACUCUGAAUAUUUGUGCACAUUUGUGUCAUGCCACAGAGGAAAUCUAUGCAUCCUUCAUAAUAUUGCAUGAUGGAUACAAACACGAUUAAAGUAGCGUUACUUAUGCAGACUGCUGUAACUAUACAAAGUGUGGUCAAGAAGUUCUGCGAGUCUGCCUUUAAAAACGCAGAAACCGUGCUCAGUUUAAAGCCUCAAUGUCUGCUCUCUGUGCACCUCAGGACUGCUCCCACACACUCGCCCCACAGAGCUCCUCCACCGUGCAUAAACAGAACCUGCACUGACCUACUAUUUGGUUAAUCGGGCAGGUGGUGAGCAUAGAACGUGUUGGUCUGGGCAGCCGACACACACCUGGCUUUUCACUGAUCUGCGAGCGGUGUGCGUGAGGUGACAUCACACAGAGCCGAGUGUAGAAAGUACCACCUGAAACAAAGUGUUUGGAGCGGUCAGAAAGUCUGAACUUUUGCCUCACAGGGAUUACUUGUACAUAUGCUGACCUCACUAUGUAAAACCUGGCCAUAUUUAAUAUAAGCAUUCACCAUUUUACAGUAUAUAUGACAAGAAAAAAGCAUAAUAGGUCCACUUUUAGUUAGAACUGUUAAUAUUGGUUCCAUCAAGAAAAUAUCAGAUAUUGUUGGGCGGCUGCUUCCUGUG